AUGAUAUUCAAACAGUCAGUUGGGGCUUGGACGCUAGCCUCGUUAGCUUUGCUAAAAAGUGUCACAUCUCUCCCCAUUGCAACUAGCAUAGCGGCAGCACAAGACAAUAGCAUCGUGACUCUUCAGGUUGAAAAUAGCCCAGAAACUUCUUGGGUUGAUACUAACCCUGUCACUAUGUAUGUAACUAUAACCGGUGACUCUGUCAAUUGUGCAUUGUCAAGUUCUAGUUCAUCCGAAUCGUCUUCUGCUGCCGCCCAAGCCUCAACUACUGAAGUCAUUGUGCCUGGUCCUUGUGAUGUUUGCAAGACUUAUGUCACUACAAGAACUGAUGGUCUACUAGGAUUAGUUAAAUCUACCCAAUACGUUAGUCCCAGUGUUUACACCCCUGUUCCCUCUCCUUCUUCUUCUUCUUCUUCUGAAGAUGUUACCACUACCAUUACUCUUGAACCUUCUACUAUAACCAGCACAAUUCCUAAGAGCACAAUAACAAGCUACAUAACUAUUACCCCUACUAUCACUGUUUCCAACUUUGAAACCGUCACAAGAACUCUCACCUCUGACGGCAUUACCAUCACUCAAACUUUAGUUAUUGACACAUUUUCGACCUCUACUAUUGAAGAAACAAUCACCUCUGGCUCACUCACUCUGGUUCCAACCCAAAUUUCUAUUGCAGAUGAGGAAACAAUCACUUUAUCUGUAGCUGGUAUUACCAAAACGUCAAUCAUCCCCAAAAGCACCGUUACUCUUUUUAGAACUGUGACUCCAACUAGUAUUAUUACUGAUAUCCACACGCUCACCACCACAAUCACUCUUGAAGGUGCUGCUGUAACCCAAACUUUGGCUGUUGAUAAUACUAGCACGUCUACUGCUGAGGAAACUACAUCGGGUGUCUUGACAAUUUUACCCACUGCCACUUCUGUUGCUGAAGAAAAAACUACUACUAUCAUUUCUGAUGGUGUCACCAAAACCAGCAUAAUUCCUAGAAGCACUUACACUCUUUACAGAACUGUGACCCCUACGAGUACUGUUACUCAUUUGCAAACUCUUACCACUACCAUUACCCGUGAAACAUCUACUUUUACUCAGACAUAUGCUGUACUGAGUACUAGCAUUAUUACUGUAGAGGAAGCUGAAACCUCUGGUGCUCUUAAUUUAGUUCCUGUAUCCACCGCUGUUGCUGACGAAGAAACCAUGACGCUAACCGCGGCUGGAUUCACUCGCACAAGUACCCUCCCUCGAAGUACCUUCACUUUUUACAAGACUGUGACUCCUACUAGUACCUUAAUCAGCUUACAAACUCUCACGACAACUUUGACUCGCGAGAACUCCACAGUCACACAGACGUUUGUUGUUGAAGGAACGAGCACAUCUACUGUUGAAGAAACAAUCACUUCUGGAAGCGUUAUUCUUGUGCCCACAUCCACCACCAUCUUUGAAGGCAUUGAAGCAACCCUCACUAGUGCAGGAACUACAUUGACCACCAGCCUUAAGGCCACUGUUACUCUCUACAAGACCAUUACACCAACAAGCACCAUCACGAAAUUUAAGACUUUGACAACUACCAUCACAUCUGAGGGAGAGACUGUCACAUCCAAUGGUGUAACUCUUUUCCCCACUAGUAUUUCGACAGCCGAAGAGUCUACUCAGGUUCUUACAUCUGAUGGGACAACACGUACUACUACGAUUCCUAGAAGCACAGUCACGUUGUACAAAACCUUGACUCCUACAAGCACCCUUACUCAUCUUAAGACCCUUACUACAACUAUAGUGAGAAGCGGUCACCCUUACCAUGCUACUUUGGUUAUAGAUGGAACAAAGACCUCUACGUUGAUGCCGACUUACGGUAAUUUUUCAGUCACUGCUACUACCUCUUCUAUCCCCACCACCCCCCCUUAUGCUAACUCUACAGUUACCUCUUUCACAGUUCCUUUUACCACUGGUGUCCCAAUAACAACUAUUAGUUCGAACUCAUCUGUAACACCAUCAUUUUCUUCUACCAUCACAUCACUCACCACUUCUUUAACCACUGGUGUACCCAUCACAACUAUCAGCUCUGAGUCGUCUGCCCAUUCCAGUACCAUUGUUUCUCUCACCGUUUCUUUGACCACUGGCACUCCCAUUACUACCAUCACCUCAGGUGCAUCGAUUCAACCAUCGUUGUCUUCCUCAGCUUUUAUUAACUCCACUACCACUGUCACACUUUCCGCACUUCCGACUGUUACUUUUGGUACAUUGGACAUUUCUGCAAGUAUCACUGGCACCCCCACUCCCUCAAGCUUUUUGAGCAAUUCCGCCAGCUCGACCUCGUACGAAUCCACUUCGACAGAGUACAUUACUAUAGUGCGAACGCUGACAUUUAGUGUGAGCACAAACUACCCAUACCCUACCCCUACGACUUCCACGCGUGUUGAGACAACAAUCUUAUCUGCGAUUCGUACGGUGAGUUCAGUGUCGGCGACAGAAACAAAUGCAGCGGUAACAAGUCCACAGCCAACAUCGUUCUCGACAGCUUAUUAUACUGGAAGUGUAUCAUACCGCACCGUGACUUCGAUACUUUAA